AGUUAACCUAACUUACCUAACCUAACCUAACUCCCAAAAUCAAAAUAAUGGCUCGUUCUACAUUGAAAAAAAUUUUAUUUACUGGUUGCUUAGGCGCAUCUUGCUUCUGCAGUGGGGUGUAUUUUCAGAGAAAAUUUUUAAUCAAUGAAUACAAUGUACAGAAAUAUCCAGCCCUUCCAAUAUUCGGGACCAUAUCUGCUGCCACACCAUUUACUCCUCAAAUAUCAGAAACCAAAACGUCGGUGGCAAAUAGGAUUUCUCAGAUAAUGAAAUACGGGUUUCCAAGUUUAGAUAACGUUCGAUCCUUCGAGGACUAUGUACUAAGCUAUGAUAAACGGAAUAAGGUAGCCCAUUGGGUAUUUGAGCAUUUAACUGCAGAUUCUGUGAAGCGCAACCCAGAAGUAGAUAGGUCUAAAUGUGAAUUUAAACCUGACGAGAGUAUCCAUCCAUUUUUUAGAUCUCAAAACUCUGAUUAUAAAGGGUCUGGUUAUGAUAGAGGACAUUUGGCCGCAGCUGGAAAUCAUAAAGGUCAUCAGAAGCAUGUCGAAGAAACUUUCUUCUUGUCAAAUAUUGCUCCACAAGUAGCUAUUGGAUUUAAUAGGGACUAUUGGAAUGGUUUGGAAAAACAUGUGAGAAAACUGACUAAAACAUUUAAGAAUGUUUACUGCUGCACAGGCCCUUUAUAUUUACCGAAAAGGGAAUCGGAUGGAAAGAACUAUGUCAAAUAUGAAGUAAUAGGAAGUAAUUAUGUUGCUGUUCCAACUCAUUUUUAUAAAAUCGUUGUUGGCGAAGCUGAGGAUGGAAGGUUGGAAAUGGAAGCUUAUUGUUUACCAAAUGCGCCAAUAAGUUCAGAUACUCCACUUCAGUCUUUUCGGGUUCCACCAGAGUCUAUAGAGAAAGCAUCAGGUUUACUGUUCUUCGACAAUGUGAGUAGAAGCAAACUAUAUAAAAUAAAUGGAAAAAAGUAUUGAGGAGUCAAAGAUGGGAGCAUUUUAUUGUAUGAGAACUGAUCUGUUCAAUGUGAGUGUGAAGUCUUGUAUAAGGUAUUUAAAUGGCUGUUUCAAUCGAGUGAUUAUUCAUAAUGGUUGUAUAUUCUGAUUCUUACAACUAAACUCAGGAAAUUAUCAAAAAUAUUAUGUAGUUUUAAGGAAAAUUACAUAAUCAGAUGAUAUUUUAUAUGUAGAUUAAUUUAUUGAAUGUUUUAAGAAAAUAAUAAAAUUAAUAUAAAAAACUA